AUGAGAGCCACCAGUGUCCUCUGUAGACAGCUGAAUUGUGGGAUUGCUGUAUCUGUUGUUGGAUCAGACUGGUUUGGAGAGGGAAGUGGUGAAAUCUGGGCUGAUGUGUUUGAUUGUGACGGGAAUGAAACAAAACUCUCAGAAUGUUCCAUCUCUUCAUGGAGUCGAGCUGAAUAUUCUCAUAGUCGAGAUGUUGGAGUUAUCUGCUCUAAUUCCUCUCUGGCUCUUCAUGACGGUCUGGUGCGGUUGUCUGGAGAGAGACAGUGUGAGGGGGAGGUGGAAGUUUUCAUCCAUCAGGUCUGGAGGAGAGUUCUGCUGGACUCCUGGAGUCUCACUGAAUCCUCUGUGGUCUGCAGACAGCUGGGCUGUGGCUCUGUGCUGAACUUCCACAGCUCCUCUUCAUCCAGUCCUGAACACAGUUAUGAGUGUGUGACAGGCUUCCAGUGCUCUGGGAGUGAAGCUCAUCUGGGGAACUGCAGCUCUCCACAAACUCUCAACUGCAGCUCCACACAACAGCUGUCAAUCACCUGCCUUGGCCGGGGGUCCAUCAGGCUGGUGGGUUCUGGGGGAGACUGUGCAGGGAGGCUGGAGGUUUUUCACAGCGGCUCAUGGGGGACAGUGUGUGAUGACUCCUGGGAUAUUAAAGAUGCUCAUGUGGUGUGCAGACAGCUGCAGUGUGGAGUGGCCCUCAGUAACCAGCAGGUACCAGCCUGGUUUGGUCCUGGUUCUGGACACAUAUGGCUGGAUGAGGUGGAGUGUGAGGGGGAUGAGACGUCUCUGUGGAACUGCUCUUCUCCAGGCUGGGGAAAACAUGACUGCAUACACAAGGAGGAUGUAGGGGUCGUGUGCUCAGAGUUUAAAGAGAUCAGGUUAACCGAGGGAUGUGAAGGGAAUCUGGAGGUUUUCUACAAUGGAUCCUGGGGUAAUGUGUGCUGGAACCAGAUGGACAGAGAGACAGCAAGUCUGAUCUGUCAAGAGCUGAACUGUGGAAGAUCUGGCAGUGAACCCAGUAAUUCAAAGGGGCUUAGAUCUACUCCUAAUUGGUUAGAUCAUCUUAUAUGUCGAAAAGAUGUCAAAACUUUGUGGCAGUGUCCAUCUUUACCCUGGGGCCAGAACAACUGUUAUGAAAAUGAGGUGGCCAAUAUCAUUUGCUCUGAGAAAGAGAGUCCUGAGUUUCCUCAGAGUCAUCCGACAUGUUCAGCAUCUCCUCACCAGAGACAGUGUUCAAACCAUCUUCCUCUAAGACUUAGUGGAGGGGACGGCCGGUGCUCUGGGAGGCUGGAGGUGUAUCAUAACGCUGUGUGGGGCUCAGUCUGUGAUGAUCAGUGGGACAUCAGUGAUGCGCAGGUGGUCUGCAGGCAGCUGGGUUGUGGAGCAGCACUGAGGGCUGAUAGGAAUUCAGUCUUUGGUGCUGGUGAAGGUGUUGUGUGGAUGAACAAAGUUGAGUGCAGAGGGAAUGAGAUUCACCUAUUUAUCAGAUGUGUCAGUGUCCACUACUCGUGCCACAACAUCAUCAGCUUCUCCUUCAGUGCGCUCAACAUCAAUCGCUCCUUCACAAACUCCUCCACCAGAGUCUCCCCCAGUGCUUGUGAUUGUUUUGGGAGUUGUGCUCUUAUUGCUCUUAGUGCCACUGCUUAUACUGAUUCAGCAGAACAGAGUGAUGAGGAGAGGUAG